GGCUGUCUUUUUAGUGACGAACUCUGCGAUACACUAGAAGUCUGUUUGGAUGACAAUGCGUUUGGACGGUGCGAACGGGUAGAAGACCUGAGCGAUGGCCAAACGGUGGCCACAUAUCAACACUCGCUAAACGAUAAGACAUUACGUCUAUUAGAAAAUGAAAUGCAAAGACUUUACGUAACCGGUUAUCGAUGGGAUAAUGAAUACACACAGUGUGUCGUCAAACAAAUACUAUACACACAUAGACUGCGAAUCGAUUACGACCCGGGAUUGUGCUCACGGCUCCUCCACUUAACCUCAUCUCAUAUUGCGCCCGAGACUUCAAUAGACCUGAACAUGAAAACGCCGCCCGAAAACGUAUUGGCAAACAUUGAGUACAUCCCAGACUAUGAGACGGACUUUGCGAAAGAGAUCUUUUUAAACCUCAACGAUGGCAAACAUAAUGAUAAAAAUACUUAUCAUUUCGAUAGCAAGAGGCGAAUGGAGAAUAAAGUGGAAAUCGAUGACAAAGUGUUUGAGUUUUUGAAAAAACUGAUUGAAUCGCAAAUUAAAAACAAAGAGAAAUUGCUGUCGGAUUCCGAUUCACUUGAACUGUCUGACCAUAAGAUCGCAGCCUUAGAGACGGAUUUAUCAUCGGAUUUGAAUGGAAAGCCUGUGUAUAGUGAGGGCGGUGUGGAGUGGCUUCCAGUGGAGGGCGAAGACAUCAGAGACGAUGCCAUCAAUGCUGACGACUAUUACUCCAACAGUAUAUCAGAUGAUAGAGAAAAAUCGAUACCAGAAUCAGAUUCGCUGAUUACUGGUGGCGACGCCGACACUGAUAGCAAACCACUCUUUUUGGAGCCCAUUUAUAAAGAUAGGGAUCUGCCGGACGUGUAUUCAACAGAUAAUGUCGACAGAGAUAUAUUCAACGCCAUUAUUGACGGCCAGGAAGACGACGAUCAGACAGAUUACGAUGAGGAGGAAGAGGACAACGCACUGUCCAUUGGCCGCAGUUUUCCCCGUCAGCACCGGUACGAUACGAAGAAACCCGGACCGAGUUAUUACAUACACGAGUUUGACUCUUCGGAGGAAUCGGAACCAUUUGAAAAGGUAUUUUCAAUUGUU